UUUUUGCGGGUGCACAUCUCCAUUGUGUUUAUUUUCAGCACUGCACUCUACUAGUUAAGACUUAACCGUUAAGUAUACAGCUUUCGGUCGUCCUCUGGUCACUGUAACAUUUUCAAAAUGUGGAGCCUCUCAUUUUCAGAGCGAAUUCGUUUCCGAAUUUCGCUCAGUUGGAAAUUUUUCACAGCCAUUUUACUCCCGAUGGCGUUACUCCCAAUGAUCUUUAUACAUGAGGACAUACUCCCGAAUACAGAUCCACCUCGAGCUGGGGCGAAAUUCGAUACUUUAUACGUUGUGGUAAUUAUGGCUGUUUAUUGGGCGUUCGAGAUAAUCCCGCUUCCGGUUACGGCGUUGUUACCGCUUGUGCUAUUUCCGUCCCUCGGAGUACAAGCAGCUUAUACGGUUUCUGAAAAUUACAUGAAAGAGUCCGCCAUGAUAUUUCUGGGGGGUGUGAUGAUUGCGUUGGGAAUAGAAUUUUGCGGGUUGCAUAACAGAAUUGCGCUGCGUGUAAUGAGUAUUGUGGGAUCAUCUCCUAUUCAGCUACUCUUCGGUGUAAUGUUUAUUGUGGCCUUUUUAUCAAUGUGGAUCUCCGCCACGAGUUGUGUCGCAAUUUUGGUCCCUGUAGUUAUCGCUAUUAUUGAUGAAAUUCAUGAAAGUCCUGAAAUAUUAUCGGAGGAUGAAGUUCGCCGCAUGUCUCUAGCUCUACCAGUAAGUUUAAAUCCCUCGGGAGGGACAAGUCAGGACAAUGACGUUAAUGUAAGCAGAAAUCCAAAUGGUACUACUACAGAUAAUUACCAUCAAAAUAGACGAAGAUCGUCCGGCACAAGUGGUACAAAUAUUACUUCAUACCCUGGAAAUCGUGGGAGGAGAAACACCACCGUUUUUGGAAAUUUAGGUCUCUCUUCGUCUAAUAAGCAUCUUCAUGGGUCAAGUGAAAAUAUUUACCCCCCAUUGGAGUCCAAUUUCACAAAUCCAGCCGGCAGUUCAGACAAGGAUAGUAAUAUUUCAAUCCCCAAGAUAAAUCGAGGAGGCAGAACGUCUGUUGCUUUCUCCGACAAAAUGUCGAAUGGAAGUGCCAAUGGCAGCAUAAAUAACAUUAACAUCAUUGUGGAAGACCCUGAAGGAAAUACUGACAACGUGAAUAAUGCAAAUUCAAGAGAUGACUUCCACCAGAAAGAAAGUGAGAAAGAACAUCGACGAAACGAAAUUAAGAAAAUGUUUUUGUUCGGAAUGGCGUAUGCGGCAAAUAUAGGUGGGACUGCGGUGAUAACGGGCACGAGUCCAAACAAAAUUUUUAAGGAGGUUAUAAAACCAUUCGACAUAAGUCAAGGCGGUAAAUAUCGGAACAUAACUUUUUUGACAUGGAUGGCUUUGAACGUUCCUCCCAUGGUUAUCAACGUCUUUAUUGCUUGGCUCUACCUGGCCAUAAAAUAUUAUGGAAUCCCUAACCGAAAAAAUUGGCCCUUCUUAAGAAAUCUGUUCUGUAGGAAGAAAUCAUCUCAGCAGAAUAGCGUAGAAGAUAACAUGUAUUUAUGGAAAUCCCGAGAAGUUUCGCUAUUUUUGAAAAACGAAUAUCAAAAAUUGGGACGAAUUACAUUUCAUGAAGUUUCCGUUCUUGCGGUUUUCAUUCUCGUGGUGGUUCUCUGGAUAUUUCGGGAUCCAGAAAUUAUCCCGGGGUGGGGGGAGCAUACCCCGAAAACAAAGACGGGCGACUCAACGGGAGCCAUUUUAGGGGUCGUGCUACUCUUUAUUUUACCAAGAAAUCUGUCUUUCCUCUUUGGAACGGACAAGGAGAAAUGCACGUAUGAACCGCUGCUAGAGUGGAAAUUUGUCACGAUUAAGAUGCCGUGGGGAGUUCUUCUUUUGCUAGGUUCAGGCUUUGCGAUUGCGGACGCUAGCCUUUAUUCGGGUCUUUCGGAUUGGAUUGGUGAAGAGCUACGAUUGCUUUCUGAGAUUCCUGAUUCUCUCCUGUUACUCAUUGUGGUCAUCAUAACUUCAAUCACCACAGAAGUGGUGUCAUCGCUGGCAAUUGCCAAUAUCUUGUUACCAAUAAUUGUUCCUUUGUCGAGGAGUUUGAACAUUCACCCACUUUAUUUGUCCGUGGCCGUUGCUCUCACUUGCCAGUAUGCGUUUCUGUUUCCGAUUGCCACACCCUCAAAUGCCAUCGCGUUUGCUGCCGGAAAUUUUUCUACGAUGGAAAUGGUGAGAACGGGUUUAUUCCUUAACUUGAUCUGUAUCGCUGUCCUCUACGUAAGCACGAUUACGUAUGGGGAUCUGUUGUUCGAUUAUGGAGAUUACUUGUAUCCAAACGACACUAAAACGGCGUAUAUAUAGUCAUUCUUUACCUGAAAAUUGGUAGACUUAGUACAAAUGUAAUUGUUAUUUAUAUACGUAAUAUGCAAUGUUUUAAGAUUUUAUGCGUUAUUAAAUUAUUUUUAAAGUAU